UUAAUUAUUUACUGUUAAACUGCACUCAGUUUGAAAUGACGUCGCUCACAUAGAGCCGAGUCAAGGGCAAAGGGGUAACCGGUGAAAGGAAAGAAGUUCCUGGAAACAGCAGAGGUGGGACGCCGCGGUUCAAACUGCGAGAUUCCUCAGAGGCUUGACUUCUCUGCUCAGUGCACAGCCAUCACAAACUCUGAGAGAAACACGGCAGCUGAUCUCUUGUUGUCAUCCAGAUUACAUUCACAGCUCGGCGGACUGCAGGAGCGAUUCAUCCUGACAUGUCACUUUGGGGAAAGUGUUUGCGACAACAGCAAUAGGUAUGAGCACUGCAUCAUCGUAAAGCACAAUUUACAAACUGCUGCUCCUUGGAUCAACUUCCUCAUGAGCCUCUCGUGACUUUCCUUCAGCCAUGAGUGGAAAAAGUUGUCAGCUCCUGGUGUCUCCUUGCAGCGUGUCCCCGUCACUGAGCAUGAUCAGAGGACACCAGUCCCAGCCCAUCAGGCUGCCCAUGUCCUCCCCGCAACUGGCCGAUCUCAAUCCCUCCUCGGGUAUGGAGAAAGUGACAAGAGGAGCCAUCCACUCCUUUGCUUCUGGGAAACAGAGCGGAAGCCAUGUUGUGCUGCCAACCCUGAGCCUCCGCAGACAGGUGCUGACCAACGGGAAACAUCUGAACAUAUCAACUGCAUCCCCACAGCAGCAAGUGCCUAUACAUCAUCGAACAACCAAAGCAGUGGCAGCUACUGUACAGACUGGACGUUGCUCCUCUCACAGCUUCAAAGCAGCUUGCUCGGUGUCUGGAGCUACCAUGGAAGUUCUUGGUCAGCCAGCCGCUGCUAAUCUGACAAUGACCAGCAGUCCCAUGACUGUUGUGACAGGCCAACGAUAUACUGCACAACAUCCUCCAUCACAUCCACACAGUGUGCAGAUUCCCCACACUGACGCCAGAUCCGUACAAUCCAGAGAAUCCCUGGCAUCCACUACUCUGAGUCUGUUUGAAACACAGUCAGUGUUCAGUGGCAGACACGACUGGUCGUACGGCUACCGUGUGCUUCCUCCACUGGGUCAGUGCUCCAACCAGGCAAGCGAGGGAGGGGAGCAGCUCAGCCUCCCACCUGGCACAGCCAUGUCCGGCACAACCAUAUCAGGUGGCACUAGCACCUCUGCUUCCCUGCCCUCGUACCUCUUUGCAUGUGAUGCCGGGAGCCCCAGACAGUCUCGUGCAAAAAAGAGAGCUCUCUCCAUGUCGCCUUUGUCGGAUGUCAUGGGUAUUGAUUUCAACUCCAUCAUACGCACAUCACCUACUUCACUCGUGGCUUAUAUCAAUGGUUCCCGCAGCUCUCCAGCCUCUCACCCUACACUCUCACCUGUCCACUCUGAGGGGUACGGUCACUUCCUGGGUGUGAGAGGCAGCUGCAUCCCCCACACCCAUCCCUACAGCACACCAGGCUCUUCACAGGCUCUGGCCCCACAGACAGAUUAUGGCCGUAUGCAGCUGCUUGAAGAGGGAGGGGGUCUGGAGAGCCAGAUGGCAAACAUGGUGGUGGACCAGCAGUGUCUCCCAGAGGAAGGAGGGGCACUGGAGAGGACUUCAGCGAGCUGCAGCCAAACCACCAACAACCUGCUGCCUCCUCCACAGUUGCAGCCAACACUGCUGACUACCAUCCAAGAAGCUGCUACUCCACAGGGGCCUCCACCACCCUACCACUCACACCAGCACAUCCACCUCACUAGACGUCACUGCAAAAUAAAGCCGCCCUCUCAGGACCCUCUCACACACGCUCCCAUGGUCCCUACCAGGCAUGGGAUGAGCUUUCUACCACAGGUCCCUAUGCUGGAGGAGGAAGAAGGGGAGCUGGAGGACUAUGGGGCCCACUGCUGCAGGUGGUUGGACUGCAGUGCAGUGUAUGACCAAAGGGAGGAGCUGGUAAGGCACAUAGAAAAACUACAUGUGGAUCAGCGGAAGGCAGAGGAUUUCGCAUGCCACUGGGUGGGCUGUCCACGCAACUUCAAGCCCUUCAAUGCUCGAUACAAGCUUCUUAUCCACAUGAGGGUCCAUUCAGGAGAGAAACCCAACAAGUGCACGUUCGAGGGCUGCAAGAAGGCUUUCUCUCGGCUGGAAAAUCUGAAGAUCCACCUACGUAGCCACACAGGGGAGAAACCGUACGUGUGUCAGCACCCAGGAUGUCACAAGGCCUUCAGCAACUCGAGUGACAGAGCCAAACACCAGCGUACACACCUGGACACAAAGCCAUAUACGUGCCAGGUGCCUGGCUGCGCAAAGCGUUACACUGAUCCCAGCUCCUUGAGGAAACACGUGAAAUCCCACUCCACUAAAGAACGGCAGUUGCGGAAGAAGGUGUGCGCGCCGUCAGAUGAAAAUCCUACUUUCAUCCACUCACGCUCACACUGGCAGACCCAGAUGAAAUCCACUGCUGAUGUGCCUCAGGACACGCUGACAGACUGUUUAACCAUCCAUCCUCUGCAACCAAGCCUUUCUCCCCUGACGAGGAUAGACGCUUCCCCUGGUGCAUCCCAUGAGUGUAUACCAGAGUAUUCUGCUGCUCCACAGGGGCGAGACUCCACCAGCAAUCCUCACCUGGCUCUGUUGUGCUCCUUGCAAGACAAUUACAGGUUUGUUGAUCCCUCCCCCCACCAGCUCCCCCCCGGGGACCAAUGCGGGCCCUGCUCUCCCACCCGCCUCCCGCAUCCUCCCAAUGGGACAUCCCUGCAGAACAACCGAGAUCUGAAGCAGCCCAGCCAGCCUCCCGACAUAGCAGAUCACAAUCCAGAGCUCUCGGGGCAGAUUAAGAUGCUAUAUUCUCCCCCACAAUAUGGAGGGAUCACAGCACAGACCGGCUCGAGUCACCUGAUGCAAGUUGAUGCCUUUGGUGACAGCCUCGCUCAGGCAGUCAAUAAUCCCAGUGGGGUGGCCACCUCACAAACAGCUCUUUCCUGCAUUACAGCAGGAUUUGAUGUCCACAGCCAGUCGCAGGAUGGGGCUCCUAAUCAAGAGCUGCAUGGAGGGGAUUUCUUCAGUGUGGUGGACCACCGCACAAGCCAGGUGUCCUGCGUCUACACAGAGGGAUGAUGUUACUCCGAUGUUGGUUUUGUUCCCUUGCACUAUUUUGUGUCCCCUUUCAUUUAGUCAAACAGUCUAUAGGAAGAACACUUUAGAUAGCAAACUGGUGGCAGCUUCAUUUAGUGAAAUAAAAGCAUAUUUGAUUGAUUGAUUGGUUGAUUAAUAAAACAGUCCAAGAUGUUGCUCCCUGGGUCUUGAAGGAAAUGACUCACAUUCGCAAUGCAAGUUUCUCUCUCUCUUUGACUAAAUCUCUAUAAAUGUACUAUCUGACUCAACACUCUGGCUUCUGCCUCCAUAAUCACUGUAUACUAAUGUCUGAGCACUACAGGAUUUUUUUUUUUUACGUUUACUUCCUCAGUUUGUACACAGCUUGUGUAUAACAAUGUUAAUGUAGUGAGUACUUCAGGUAGUUUAUGGUGUCAAUUUGCACAAUGUUCAACAUUGCAAUCAAAGCAAUGUAUGCAAGGGAUCAUUUAUUAAGGUUUUUCUUAGAACCAUGGCUUUGUAACUAUAGUAACAAGACAGCCUCACCAUUUCACUGUAAUGUUCAGAGACUUAACCUGUUAGAGUAUAGUGCUGUAAUGCGCCUUGAUUGCUCCUGUGCCUAGAUCAUGAAACAAUGACCGUACCAGUGAUUUUACAUGUUUUGGUUUAUUCACUGCAAAUUACACACACUUCACAAGUUCAGACUGCAGUUGAUGCUUUCUAAUAGCAUGGUAGCCUAUGUGCAACACGUUUUUAAUUCUGUUCUUCUAUAGUAGUGAAUUUCAGUUGAGACUUGAGAUAGGUGAACUACUCUAUUCAUUAUAGCUGCCUUUAUUUUUACCAGUUAUUUUACUGCAGCGCAGACUUUUCACUCCAGCUCACACUUUGAGCUGCUCAAACAUGUAACCAUAUCACAACUUUUAGUUAAAAAAAAAAAAAGUAGACAUGAUGAUCACCAGGAUUACCCAAAACAAUUUGCAGUCACUAGAAGAAAAUGUUGGCAUUGUGCAUUUUUGCAAAUUCCAGAUGUGUUACAUUUGUACAUUUCGUACAUAUAAUAUCAAUGUUUUUAAAGGGAUGUAGCGCUGAUGACAUGUAGCCUAUAUGCAUAAUCAGGAGGUGGACGGGAUGGUGGAUGGAGUGACACCUAGGUGAGAUGCUUGCCAAGCUGCAGGCAGUGCCGGCCCAUGGCAUAGGCAGUGUAGGCAAAUGCUAAGGGCACCGUUAUCCAUAGGGGACACCAGAAAUGGGGGACAGAAAAAAAAUCAAAAUGUUUAUCUUUUACUGUUUCUAACUUAAACUAUUACUACUGUUGUUUUGAAAUAUUACAUAAGGCUACAACAAAACUACAUAGAAAAGCAUACCAAAUAAUAGACAGGCCUUUUUUGUGGGUUCCUGCCACCCCCUGCCCCCCUCCUCAGCUCCUUACACUUUACCUGCUCUCUCGGGGAGAUGGGAGAGUUAUCUGACGUCAUGUGAACCCGAAACACGUUGUAUUGUCACAAGGGGGAGGCUCACCCAGGGUACCAAAUGUGCUAGGCUGCAGGCCACUGUUUAAGACCAACAAACAACAAAAAAAGCUUGUUUUUUAGCAAGAUAUCGCUGUCUUUCUAGCGGCGAUUGUACCAGCAAAACUGGAUGUUUUUUAGCAAGACAUCGACAGCAUUUCCAGCCUUGUUACAACAUAAAGAAAGAUAAAGUUUCAAGAUAUCUAAUAACAUACAUUAAUGUGACCUAUCCAUGGUUUGCAGGAACACACAGUGACUACAUUUAUUCUGGUGAUUGAUUGAGUUGAAAAAAACUACUCAAACUUCAUCACCAUCAGCAGCAAUGUAAAGUCUACAUGAUUUGUAGCAAAUGGGCUAAAAUGUGCAAAAACACUGUUAUGGUGCCUCAAUUUUUGAAUAUAUUUGAAAU